GGCAGCGGUCAGUGUUCUUACUGUAAUUCUUCACUGUCGGAAAGGCAACAGAUAUAGGCAGCUCUUUCACUCUUCUGAAUCUGAAUGUUUGAGGGAGAAUUUGAAGUUCAGCUUAAACAGAAAUUACUAGCUGGAGUAGUUGCUCUUUACUGACGUUUAAAGCUUUCGUCUUGGAGAAAAUUCUGGGCUAAAGUGAUAAUCUUGUGAGAUCUUUUGACAGAUUUUGAUUUGUAAUUGGAAUUGUUGUCUUCUGUCUUGUUAUCUCAAAGGAGUCGUCAAGGAUUUGACUAGAUUUCAUGUCAGGGGUCUGAAUGGAUUUCCAUUUGAAGAACCUGUUCGAUAGAUUUCAGGAGCAAUUUGGUUCUGGUCCUGGCCUCGGUCCUGGAUCCGGGACAUGCCUUAUGAAGGUAGAUGGCAUUGCUUCUAAUUUUAUAAAAUCCAUAUUUAAGGCUUCUGCAGCGCUAUAUAGAACUGAACCUUGGAGGAGAUUGCGCCCAGGGCAUUUCUUUGGUGUCCGAGUUGGGAAAGAUUCAGAUUGGUCUGGCAAAAAACAGCCUUUUCCAUGUGCCCAGUUCAUUGGAGGAGAUGGUGGGGAUAUUGGGUUUUACAUGUUUCGAUCUGAAAAUGAUGCUAAGAAGAUGACAGGCUCUAGGGAGACAAUUCGAGUUGCAAAUGUGGAGCUUUUGAGGGUCACAUAUGAGCUUGAGACAUUAAUGUUUCCUUCGAACCGCAAAAUGAUCAAGUCAUUGUCAUUGGAAGCAUCAGGGACUGAUCGGUUUCCUGUUAUUGAUGUUGCACGCUGCACAUCUUCAGGUGAGCUUCGGUUUAGAAAUCCUACCCUGGGAGAGCUAAAGUUCGUUUAUGCUUUCAUGAGAGCCAUUUCCCUGGUACACCCAUUGCUUCGGGUGGAUAAAGAAGGUGGUCCAAACUGGUCAAGGUUGAUAUGUUUUGAUCCAUUUAUUGAGACAGUUGACAUUCAGUGGCCUCCAGAAAUGGCUAGAGGUCAUGAACUUGUAGCAGUUACAAUCUCACAUCCGCCUGGUCAGGCAUAUGACGAAAAGACAAGUUCAACAGCCAGCUCAACACCCACCAAGUAUGCAGAGCCACCAAAUGAGGAUGCCUUCAUGGAUAUAAGGGUAAACUCAAAUUCCAGCUCAAAGCAGUGUGCAAUGUGUGAGAAAGAAGUUAAUGGAGAUCAGUCUCUCUGCUGUGGACGAUGUCGAGCAGUGGUCUACUGUGGUUCUCUCUGCCAAAAGCAGCACUGGAAGGAAUCACAUAAAAGCAUGUGUGGUCUGUACAAAGCUAUGAUGGAAAGGGAAGAAGAGCUUGUAAUGAAAAUAUUCAUGUUCCCUUGCUCUGCUGACCAUCCUUGUAAAUGGCUGGAAUCAUUAGGUAUCCAUCAGAAAGGGAUGUGGAGAAGGAAGUGCAGUUGCUAUUCUCACUGCCCUUUUGGUCUCCUUCCAGCUAAAGGUGGGCUCUGGGAUUCAUGGGGUGGGCUAGAUGAUGAAGAGUACCCUCGCGAUUCACCUUUUCACAAUCAUCUAAGAGACGGGAUCUCAAGCCCCAUCCUUCUUUCUGGUUGGUCCGAGUACUACAACCUUCGAUCGCUGCCAUUGUCAAGCCCUGUUGCUGAUAUUCUUUCCCACCCUUUGACGGUUUAUUAUAUAUUGACGGCUCUCAGUAUCAGUUCAAAGAAUCUUUUACUCAAAGGAAAGGAGGUGAUUCUUCACUACCUGGGGCCUGAAGGGGAGAUGGAUUGGAUGCCAGCAUUUGCUGAGAUCAGUCACUUAUUAAAUGGGUUGGGUAAUAUACAAAUAGUUAUGGUUGGACCUGAAGUACCAACGAACUUGUCAGGCACAACAUCAGGAAUAAGUAGCAGAGUGAGGGUGAAUCUUGUAAGGGGUGUUUAUCAGGAAGAAGCCACCUACCUGCCUUCCCCCCAUGUUGUAGUUGCACUGAACUGUGUAUUGGAUAGGUAUGCCACUUGGGGUGGUGCUCUUGAUUUGAUCAAAGCCAUGAACAUUCCAGCCUUCUUCACCGAGCAGUCAGAAAUUUUGUGUGCAAAUGCUAAACAGGUUCUACGUGGUGCUGGACUGCACAUCACCCACCCUGUGACACCAAAUCCCUUCCGUUCCCCAGUGAAGAAUCAUGAUUCUUCCAGCAAUCUUCCUUCUUACAGCAAUGGAUUUGUGCUGGGGGUAAACACAUGACUCUAGACUCAGACAUUAUCAGAUGCUGAAACCUCUGUUUUUACAUGAUUUUAUAUAUACCAGCAGAUAUUAUGCUGGUGCGGGCUUUACCUGCUGAUAACAAAUUGGCUGAGAGACAAUCAAGCAAUGAGAAUUUCAAUGUAACACAACCUGUUUCUGUUAUUGAGUUGAAUACAGCUAGUUGAUGUGAACUUUGUGGUUAUUCUGUCAUUUCUGAGUGUUGCAUACAAGGGCUUAGAGCAAGCUUUAUAUUC